CGGAGACGGAGAGGCGGGGCUUGAGGAAGUGACUUCAGCCGGCGGCGGCCGCCAGUGGAGCGCAGAGCCAGCGGAGGCAGGCGAGGUUGCGGCUGGCGCGCGUUUCUUCUCCUGAAGGGAUUCCGGGGAGUCCGCCAGAAGCUGUUGCUUCUGCUUCUGCGCCGGCCAUGGCAGCCACGGCCGCUUCUACCGCGAGGGUGUUGCUGGGGUCAGCGGGGAAGGGCGGCGCGAGGCGGGCAAGUGCUGCUGCUGCUGCUGCUGCCGCCGCCUCUCCUGCCUCCUUAGCCGGGCUCUGCUGCUCCUGCGGCGGCUUAAAGGCAAAUCCCUAUUGCACGCUGGCCCCUCGGCAGCAGCAGCAGCCCUCCGCCCCGCCCCCGGACAUGAAGAACUACCUGUGGAAGCGCUAUAACGAAGCCAAGAAAGUGACGAAAGGUGAGAGGUUUUAAAAUGAGGGGUGCAUUGGAGGGGGGGGGGUUGGUUGCGCGUGUGUUUCAGCAGCUUUGGGGCUGGAGGGAGAAGGCGCCCCACAGCCUCGCCACGCGGGUCCUCUAGGCUUGCAGAAAGCGGUUGCUGACAUUCCGCUCUCUCCCCUCCCGCCCUUUCCCUUCCCAUUUUUGGGUUUUUUUUGUGUGUCCCCCCCAUUUCUCAAGGGGACUCCAGGUGUCUUUAAAGACAUGAGGUGGGUAGGGAGGGGAGAGGGACACUUCCACUUUAAGUGUGGGGCAGGAGCCCUCCUUGGCCAAGGUCACCAAACGUGAGCUUCGCAGCCACGCGGAGGUUUGAACCCAGAGCCAGCGCGUGGGGACGGGUGGAAAGCGUUUUGGGUUGGCAAGCUCUGGGUUCGAAUCGCCGGAGUUCGCGCAGGUGACCUUGGCUGAGACGCAGUUUCUCAUCCUAACGGAUCUGCCUGGAGGGGCGCUCCAAAAGCUAAACAGGGAGCUUCCUGGUGGGACAGUAGGGUGCAGAAGUGGAAGAGGGUUGCUUCGGCUUGCCAGCCCAGAUUAUAGCUUCCAGUGUGGGGCAUAUGUUGGCUCCUAGUCUGUGGUGCAUCUCUGUCUGUGUGCGCUUGGACACUGAUGAAUGCGGUGGUUUGCCAAAAUCUGGUUCCUGUACUGAGUGCCAACUAAUCUCUCUUCCUGCUCCCUUGAAAAGACAAUAUAGAAAUUUGCAUACACCAUGAUUGUCUGAAUAGGUUCUCUGAUUGAAGGCCAAAACAGAUGUGAUGUGGGAGAUCUGUGAUGAGAUCCCCUCACUCCUUGACGUUUGUAGUCCUAAUAGCUUUUUGUGUGUUAGACAAUGAAAACUGUGUUUGUGAGAGUGGUGUGCUGCUGUUCUGGUAAAAGUCAGGGCUCCAGGGACUGCUUUAUAGUUUCAUUUUUAAAAAAAUGGUAUAUGCAAAUUGCUUCUUGUUUUGGUACUCCUAAGACAGGUGUGGGGAAGCUUUGGCCCUCCAGAUGUUGCUGAACUACAUCUCCCAUCACCCCCUGUUAUUGGCCAUGAGUACUAUGGCAGAUAUGUGGGACGCAGGUGGCACUGUGGGUUAAACCACAGAGCCUAGGACUUGUUGAUCAGAAGGUUAGUGGUUCGAAUCCCCGCAAUGGGGUGAACUCCCGUUGCUCGGUCCCUGCUCCUGCCAACCUAGCAGUUCGAAAGCACACCAAAGUGCAAGUAGAUAAAUAGGUACUGCUCCAGUGGGAAGGUAAACGGCGUUUCCGUUCGCUGCUCUGGUUCGCCAGAAGCGGCUUAGUCAUGCUGGCCACAUGACCCGGAAGCUGUACGCCGGCUCCCUUGGCCAAUAAAGCGAGAUGAGCGCCGCAACCCCAGAGUCGGUCACGACUGGACCUAAUGGCCAGGGGUCCCUUUACCCUUUACUACUAUGGCAGAUGGAAGUAGCAGUUCAGCAACAUCUAGGGGAUUAAAGCUUCCCCAGUCUCCUGUCAGAAGAUAUCAUAGUGUUUUGUUUUGGGGGGGGGGGGGGGACACAAUGGUUUCUGUUACGCAUUAGGCAUGGCUGCAGUCACUUCCAGCCACAUAAAAUAGGGUCUCUGUUGAAGGGUCCACUCCAGACUCAAAUUUGAGGGAUCAUGAGUGAGUAGUGUUUGGAGUCAUAUAAUCAACAGGAAAGAAAUUAUACAUGGGGUGUCCUUUUUUAUUUCAGAGAAAGUUGCAAGAAAUGAAAAUUAUUUUGUUUAAUGUAGGAAAUGCAGUCGAGACCAUGAAAUUGGGGCGGCUUCCAGCCAAGCACCUCAAGAAAACAAGGGCUGAAUUAAGCAAAUAAUAUCGACCAGCUUGUCAGGGUAGUGGGAUUUGUUUUUACUUCUGUUGAAAGUCCACUUGGGGGCAAACCUGGGUUUGUUGCAGUUUCAUCCGUCAAAUGGUGCUCAUUAUGUGUCAUCUAAACUAGGUACAUGAGACCUCCACUUUGCUGAAACUAAGCUGGUCUGGGUUUAGACAUACACUAUACACUGCCUUGGGUUCCACGAUGGAAAAAGGUGGGAAAUAAAUGUAAGAGAAUUAAUGAAAUAAAACGUGUGGCAGUGAUGAGUAAUGUAUUACUUUAGAUUAAGUGGGCAACAAAUUUCCCUUUUGAAUAUGCAGUAUCUAUUUUUCCCUUCCAGGUCUGAGUUGAGGUGCCAGCAAAAUGUCAGAUAACAAGUUACGUGUGCGUAUCUAUAGGGCAUUAUUUCCACACAACUAGUUUGGUAUACUAGUGCAAAACCAGAAGGCUGGAAAGCAGCAUUCCUGAAAAGAGGGCAUUUUGCUGUGUGAUACUUGGCGAAGAGAAAGGACUUGCAAAUUGUAUGGCUUGCAGUGAUACAAUUAUUGUCAUCCUCUGCUGUGUGGACUGUUGAGGUCAGUAUUUGUCGAGUAUCGUGGUCUUAAGGGGCUCUGAGUGGUUGGAUCAACUGGAGGAAAGUCUUCUGUGGUAGUGCAUUCAUUCUAUCAAAUCUACUUUCUCUGGACAUUAGAGAGAGAGCCCCAGACCUUGACUGGUUUUAGGCACUUGGUGAAGGCCUAUUUAUUUACUCAAACAUUGGCUAUUGUUGCUACCUAGCUUUUAGUAUUUGUGUUACCUACUGUAACAUUGUAUAUUUUCUGGUUUGAUUGUACUUUUGUAAACAACCCUUCAAUUUCUAAUGAAUGGUGGGUUACAAAUGUUACAAAAAGUGCUCCACAUACAUGCUUCUAGAGCAGGGAUGAGGAACCUGUGGCCCUCCACAUGUUGUUGGGCUCUGGUUCCUCUCAGUCCCAGCCAGCAUAGCCAGUGGUUAGAUACAAUGGGAGCUGUUGUGCAACGUCUUCAGAACAUAACGGCCAGCUGGAUUCUAGGCCAGCAUCCUGUUCUCACAGUGUCCAACCAGUGUCUUGUCUUGAAUGACGUGGGCCCUAGACACUGGAUAAAAUGGGCAAAAACCAUUCUGUUUGGGCUGGUCCUCUGAACCGUGUGGUCCAAAUGGCAGAUUUCUUGGAGGCUUUUUAAUGUUAAAUGAAAUUAAAUGAAUAGUGUUUCUGUGCCAGUGUGGUAAUCAGUGAGCUCUCAUUUCGAAAUAUGGAGUGUUUGCAGGUGCGGCUGGAUAGAAUAAUACAUCUCCCACAUGCAAAAGUGCUCGUAUGGGCCUUUGAGGGGAAGCUCAAUUUAAGAAACUAACAGGCUUUGAAAAACUUUGUUACAAGAGGUGUAAAUAAGUCUCUAAAUUGUAUUGGGAAAUGACAAGUUUCCAUCUCUUUAAUAAUUUGCAUCUGUGCUUAUUCCCUUCCUAUUGAGUAACCGACAAAUGUUUACUGUAGGUAUAGUAUCCCAUUGGCCAUUUCACACAUCAGUGUACAACACUUGAGAAUGCUUGACACUGGAUUUUUCUUCUGAAUGUGUGAAUUGAUUCCUUUUGAGAAGCACUGUAGUGAGUAAGGGAGACAUGACAGAGGCUUAUAAAAUUCAUGGUGUGGAGAAAGUGGCACAAGACUGGCUGCCUCUACCCCACCUUAUAAUGCGAGAACCUGGGAUCAUCCAGUGAAACUGAAUGAGGGGAGAGACAGGGCAGGCAAAAGGAACAACACAUAGUUAAACCUUGGAAUUUGCUGCAAAUAGUUGGUUGCACUGACCAACUUAAAAGGUCACUAGCCAAAUUCAUGGAAAAUAAGCUUGUCAGUUGCUACUGGUCAUGAUGACGAUACGCUGUCUCCAGGAUCAGAGGCACUGUACUUCUUUAUAUUGGUCCCUGUGGACAGAGUGCUGCUAUGCUCAUGUGCUGCUUCUGGGCUUUUCAUGUGCAACUGGUUGGCCACAGUGCAAAACAAAACAGGGCACUGGGCUAUAUAUCCCCUAGGUCUGAUCCAGCAGGGCUCUUCUUAUGAUUAUGUACAAAUUAUAUAAAAAUCUAAGUGAUGCAGCAGUCACAUGAUUCUCAUGCAUGGAUUUCCAGGGGCGGAACAUGGCAGAUUGAACGUUUUUUGUUUUUCCAGAAACAGGUGCCGGAACUCACCAUGCAUGCUUGUUAUCUUAUAAAUGCUUGUUAUCUUAUAAAUUUGCCAAUGGCACCCACCUCAGAGGUGCUGGAACUGAGUUCCAGUGAGUUCUGGCUGAAAAAACCCCUGGUUAUUUUUCAGUCUUGCUGGUUCAUAUAUAAAAAUCCUAAUCCAAUAAACCAUGGGCAAUGGUUUAUUGGGCUGAUAAGUCAUGUGCAUACACACUGUCUCCUCCCCCUUCCCUUUGGGACUUAAUGCAAUACUUUGUUUGUAGUUGGCAAGCCAGGAUUAUAGUCACAGCUUAAAUCACAGUUUCCUGGGUGUAAUGGAAAACUGCAGUUUAAUUGCAUUAAAGUGCAUAAGAGAAGGGAGGAAGAAUGUACACACAGUGCUUAUUCUCAGACUGGUAAACUGAGAUUGUUUAUGUCUGAACCAAACCUCUGUCUCCAUUCUUGCUGUUUCCCCUCCCCAGGCAUCCUUGAUUUUCCUAAACUGCUUUUAGGCUUCUUUUCAAACACCCAUUUUAUACCCCUAAAAAGGUUAACAUAUAGUUUAGUAGCUAUUCAAAAAGAUACAGUACUUAAUUUUGUGCUUUCUUGGAAUCAGAAUUUGGAGGCACCUGAAAAGUCCUCUAUUGUAGUUGCCUGCUGGUACAGGAAAUCUGUUUCUACAGCAUCCUUGAUAAGUGGUUAUCCAGCUUCUGCUUAAAAGCCUCUGGGGAGAAUUCACCACCUUCCAAGAUACUGUUUCACUGUUGGAACAGCUCCUACCAUCAUGGAGUUCUUCCUAAUUUUGACUAAACAUUUCUUUUUAUGUAAUCGGAACUGGUUGGUGGUUUGAAGGUGUAAAAUAGAAGAGUUGGUUGCAGCUUAUUUUGUGCCAGUCAUUAAAACUAAUGAAAUGGAAAGGACAGUCCUGCAGUUGAAUCUGUUUUCCUCCAUGCUUCAAAUUGUUCAGUGGUACACGGAGAACUUCCCAACAGAUCUGUAAUGAAUCUAUUUGAAAAACGUUAUGCGUGAAUUUAUCUAGUGACAAAUAUACAAGGUGAAAAGUGAAAGCAUCACUUCAGUGGGUCACCAUGGCCAGAGUAAUACGAAACUGAAAUGUGUCAAGCACAUUGCUUCUGAGCUCAAAACCAAGGCUAGCUCUUGAGGCGACUCACAACAAUUUCUAGGAGGAGCAGUCGUUUCAGUUUGGAUGAAGCUGGCUUUCAGAUAUAUGAAGUGUGGGUUGCUUUAAACAUGCCAGCAAGACAGAUCAACCCUUAUUAUAGAAAGUAACAUACAGUAAGCUGAUACUGCAUGUAGCCGUGCACAUAGUGGUGGCAGUGAACUUCUGUGAAUUACUUGUUGCAAUUUUACCUAGUUAACAAAGCAGUGGGUACUUGGCUUCCAUGGGAUAACUUUCAAAUGGAGAACUUCUACAGUGAGUUAUUAGUGGUUGUUGAAAUGAAAUUUGCCAGGAGUGGUUUAUUGACAUUGGACUGCUCUGCUUAAUUUUAAUUUUAGUUGGGGAACCAGUCACAGGGUUGCUGCCAUGCUGUUUUGACUAGGGAAAAGGAAGCUAAUUUAAGAUGUUGUUUCUAGCAAUCUUGGCUGUUUCAGGGUUUACUAUUUACUAGGAAAUAGUACUAGUCUGCUAUCUGCUCUAGAAAGGGCAGUAGCUCUGUGGUGAAACAGCUGCUUGGCAUGCGCAAGGUCCUACUGGCACCUCCAGGUAGGGCUGGGAAUGUUCCCAGUCAGAAGCCCUGAAGAAUUGCUGCUAGUCAGUGUAGACAGUACUGAUGGACCCUGCAUAAAAGGGGAUGGACUGGAUGCCCCUUGUGGUCCCAACUCUACAAUUCUAUGAUUCCAUCAUCCCCUCUGUUUGGCUGUGAACAUAAGACCCUCAGUGAUAAAUGGAUGUUUAAUUCUUAGAAAUUCUUGUGUAAAUUAACUGAAGUGUAUAUUGAUUCUUUCCCAGCUUUAGGCCACACAAUUCCUUCUGGUGUUCUAGAAUGCAGUGUCAGGGCUAUGAUACCAGAUUCUUAUUUUUCUUUUCUAGAGAUGAAGGUGGGAGCUUCUUUUGAUCUAUAAAGCAUGGCAUUCUUCAGGAAGGUUAGCAAUGAGUCUCUUCAGAGUGGGCAGUUUUGGGUGGUCUUAGAGAGAUAACAAAGUCAAGCCUGAGUGCAAGGGUGCCUUCACACAAAUGCCUCUCUCUGAUAUACAGCACAAGGGGUUGCUUCCUAAUGGUGCAGCCAUAAAACUGCUAGCACAUUUGCAAAGCUAAGCAGUGUCCACUGUGGUUUCAAAUUGGAUGGGGGACCACGUGUGGAGUUUGCUGCAUUGCAGGGCAUUGGACUAGAUGACCCUCAGGGUCCAUUCUAUAUUCCAACUCUACAAUUCUCUGAUUCUGUGGCUCCAAAAAUUGCAGGCAAUCACACUUCUUUACAUGAUGCUCUCCAAAGCCGGUCAUAACCAAGCUGCAUUUUUGUCCCCUUUGUCAAACUCAGCUAAGUUCUCCUGUAAAUUUCUUGACAUUUCCUUUUCCUUAUCUGAAGCAUGGAAGUGAGGCUGGCAAGGCUGUUGGUUGGAUUUUCAGUUUGUGGGAUGUGUACUUUAUGGUACUUUUUUUUUUUUUAAAAACAUACAUCCAACCAAAAUAAAAAGAAGACCUAGCGAGGGCCCUGCUGAGGGGGUAAGGGAUUCAUUGGUGUGUUGACAUAUGAGAGUGCUGCAAGAGAGAACCCAGGCUUCAAAGAUUUGUGUAAAUCAUAACAAAACACUUUCCCCAGUGGGUUCCUGCUACAUGCGGUCUCAUCUUAUAAUGUAAUUAUAAACUAAAUGGCUUUGCAGGCUGCUGGGGAGAAGUUUGGGGAAGCCAAAUAUUAUGGCUUAAUGCUGGGGAAACUCUGCUUGCAGCAGUAGACUGACUAGGAGUGAAAUGAUCCAAGCUUCUAGAGCAGCGAGUUCAUUGAAGGCAUUGGAGAGGCACAAAGUGAAGGAAUGAGUACAGUGGUACCUCAGGUUACGAACAGUCCUGCUUACGACUGCUUCGGGUUAUGAACUCCACAAUCCCAGGAGUAGGUGUCCUGGGUUGUGAACUUUGCCCCAGGAUACGAACGCAAUCCGCUUCCAGGGCUGCGGGAGGCCUAUGUUGGGAACGUGCGCCUCGGGUUAAGAAUGCUUCGGGUUAAGAACUGACUUCCGGAACUCCCAAUGAGUUCUGACCAGAGUGCAACUUUCAUUUUCAUUGUCUUAUUUUGAAGAUGUCUGACAUUUUUACUCCCCUCACAGAGCUAUACUUUCUGGAGUACCCUGGGAUGAUUGAUUCUUAAAUUGCUCUGGGUAUUACAGUUCUGGGAGCAGAGAAGAGAUCUCUCUAACAAUUUUCAGCACCCUUAACCAACUGAAGUUCCCAGGAUUCUUUGGGGGAAGUCAUAACUGUUUAAAGUGGUCCAAUACUGCUUUAAUUGUAUAGUGCAGAUGAGGCCAAUAGCUUCAAACAGGCUUAUCUCAAAUAGUGGUUCUUAAUUUGAAUAACUUUUGAUAUGGUUUAUUUCAUCUUCAGGCAAACGUCAGCAUUCUGCUUUUAUUAUCAUUUCCUUUGAUGCUGUUAUCCAUUUACAUGUAAAAAAACCUAAUAGACUCCUAAAAUAGAGCAGGGCUACUGGAAACCAAUUUCCUAGGCAUCAGCCCUUUAAUUUGCGUUCAGGUAAUUUAAUCACUGUAAUGAAUGCCUUUGGUUUAAGUAGAACACAGUUUUAAUUAAAACAGCAUUUGAAGGAUAUUAUCUUAAAGCAGUCCUGUUCACUCAGGAAAUAAAAUGUUCUUGUUUUAUUGUUUUGGUGUGUCACCUUCAGAGAAAAUUUAAACAGUUGCUUUCUCUUGUUCCAUUCCCCCCCAUGCUUUGUAUGUGUGCUGUAGCUAUAAAUGCAUCUUUAAGAGUUUGACAAAUUUCUACUCUGUAACCUUGAGACUAUGUCACUGGAGUUUCUUUCCUUCUUCCUAGUAUAAUAGCCUUGGGGUACUUGAGUAAGAGAACUACAGGUGCAUUCAGUAACUUUAUUAUUGCAUAACAACUGAAACAUUAAAGCAAUUGAGAGUCUGAAGGUUAUUCUACUGCAAUUAAUUUUAUAGUAUAGCUUGUGACUUGCAACUACUGUUUUAUCUUUUCAGCGACAUGAUUUGUGGAAAAUUAUUCUGCUGUCACCAAGGCAUUUCAUGUAACACUGCAGAUGCCUGGCCCGAAAGGACAGUUGUGUAUUAGCCCCCUUAUGUCUCUUUGCCUAUUUUUGUUAUACAGAUGACAAAGGGAGAGAGAUCCCCCUCCCACAAGUUAGAUCAUUCAUCAGCACAGAGUUGUGCUAAGACAAAUACAGCUGCUCUUUCAAUUUAAUGCAAUGAACAACAUCAUGCUCUGUGAUUUUUAUUUUAAGAAAACUUCCUGCAACUUGGGACCAGUCUCUCAAUUACAAUGGGAAGCAGAAUCUCCCCUCUCUCAUAUAGCUUAAUCUGUUGUUGUUUUUUAAAGCACCCACAAAUCACUGUUCCAAUUUGGCCCAUUUUGUUUGAAGUUGGCCCAGAUUCAGUUAGCUUCACACAUCCUUCUACGCUUCUCCUUGUUUUGUUCACCACUGCUAACUUUAUUUUGUACUCGAGUUGAGUCAGGGCUCUGGGGAACGCAUAGCCUUAUGUUGUCAUUCUAAGCCUCUAUCCAAUAAAUGCACAUAAAGCACAAGGUUAAAAGGACCUGAAAGGACUUCCCUUGCUCCUCAGUUCCCACUUCUGCAGACUUGAAAACGCAAGUCCAAUGGACUGGUCCCAGAGAAUAGCCUCCUGAACCACAUCUUUCAUGGCUCUUUCUUUCUGAAGAAGAAACCAUUUUUCCUUCCUGCAUUGGGUAGGUAACAUUCUGCAUUUGGGGUUCUCUUCUUUUUCUUCCUGUUUAGGGAAGCUUUUAAUGUUUGAUGUAUUACUUUAUUUUAAUAUUUGGUUGGAAGCCGCCCAGAGUGUCUGGGGAAGCCCAGCCAGAUGGGCGGGGUAUAAAUAAUAAAUUAUUAUUAUUAUUAUUAUUUAUUAUUUAUUAUUCUUUUUUUUUAAACAAAAUGUUUUCAUUAAAGAUUCUCUAAUUCAGAACCCUUUCUCUCUCUCUCUCUCUCUCUCUCUCUCUCUCUCUAUCUCUCUCUCUCUGUCUGUCUCUUUCAACUUUCAAGCAAGUUACCCAUGCUGUCCCCCUAGCAAAGUGUUGUUUACCACCAGGAAUCUCCUCCUAACCCAAUUGAGCUUGUCUUUUGGAAAUACAUUCAUUUACUUUAUAACUAAUCUUCCAUACAUUUAACCAAAUAGUUGCUGGACUGGUCUGAAUGCUGCCUUGUUGUGUCACCUAUUUUUUUGGUCUCCGUAAUAAAACAUCUGUUUGAUUCCAGUAUUGGCUCCCUAUCUGCUCUGUAACCCCCCAUGCUAGAAAGGUCCAGAAGUUCUUGUGCCAUGAAUCUUAGUGCACCACAAGACCCAAAAAUGUGACCUUCCUGAACGUGUGUAAUCACUGUGAAUAUACUCGGUAAGGUGCCUGUUCAAGAUACAGUCCCAUAUGAAUUAGGAUGGGUGGAAACUUUUUCACGCAGAUUGUCUAAGCAGGAUUUUCAGGCUGGCUGCAGUUUGCUUACAGCUUUUAAGAUUAGUGAAGCCUUCUGUUGUGGCUCUGUGCUUUAUUUGCAGCCAGAAAUACACAAAUUGUUCUUGCUUUGUCUAAGUGAGGUGGAUGCAUAAUGUUCCUGGGCGCAGUUAUGGUUGUUUCAAAAUGCUGCGCUUCUGGUAUGCAUUUUUUUUUUUUUUAAUGCUGAUUGCGUCAUGCAGUUCCAGGUUCUGGGUACUACUUUAAAUAUAUUCUCCCAUCUGCCUAAUUAGGUAAGGAUUUCCAAGCAAUUAUUUUGUUUGACCUAGAUCGUUGCUAGUCUCUCUCAAACAGUUUGAAGAAAAGGAUCUGAGGGCUGACAUAGCGGUUAAGACUCAACCUCAUCAUCCCCCCCCCCCUUUUUGCAAUGUGGGAGAUAACAAUUCUGAUUUUACUUUGUUGUAAGGAUUGCAUGCCAAAGCAUUUGGAAGGCAUUCUGCAAAUAUUAACUACCCUAUGCACAAAUAGCAAACUCUGCCUCUUGAAUAAGGAUCUAUGGCACCAUCAGCACACUAGUGGGACACAUACACACUAGUGGGACACACACACACACACACUUGUUUAGUUGUUCAGUUGUGUCCGACUCUUCGUGACCCCAUGGACCAGAGCAUGCCAGGCAUCCCGUCUUCCACUUCUUCCCGCAGUUUCGUCAAACUCAUGCUGGCAGCUUUGAGAACAUUGUCCAACCACACACACACACACACACACACACACACACACACACUAUAUCUUACUAAUAAACAGUUUAAAUUAUUCUGAAAGUAGAAUGGAGCACAAGCCUAAAUUCAUUAACUGCUGCUCUGUUCACUAUCUUUAUUGUAUUUACAACUUUAUUGUGAUGUAAGCCCGUCCUGGGAUUUUUUUGUGAAGGACAGAGGGCUAAGAAAUAGAUAAAUAUAGAUGAGUUCAAUGGGAUUUACUCUGGCAUGUGUCUGAGAUGUGAUCAGAAGUGCUGCCGUUCUGUUAUCCUCAGAGCAUGUAGUGCUUUUCUAAAGAAUUUUUGUGUUUAUAAAAAGCAGUUGAACAAAAAUGAGGAUGAGAGGUGGGAAAGGAAACAGGCCAAAUUCUUACAUACAGGUAAGUGAAAAUAACCAAUGGGUUAGCAUAAAGGGAAUACUUUGUGAAGUUCAUCUAAGACAGCUAUGAUUCUUACCUGCAAGAACUGCCACCUUACUGCAUUGUUUUCAGGUCUGCGUGUGCCCUGAUCCGUGACUGGUUCUGUAGCAGUCCCUGAGUGAUGCCCCUUUUGAAAUACAUGGUUUAUGAACUGCAAGUCCAUUGCAUUAUCCUUUUGGGCUGGGCGUUUAUCAAUAUGCGAAUGAUACCCAGCUCUACCUCUCUUUUAAAUUAGAACUAGUGAGAGCAGUGAAGGUCCUAUGUGAGCAGAACUAGUGAGAGCAGUGAAGGUCCCAGUGUCUGGAGGCAGUUGGAGGAUGGAUGGUGGCUAACAGAUUGAGGUUGAAUCCUGACAAGACAGAAGUGCUGUUCUUGAGGGACAGGGGGCGGGCUGGUGUGGAGGACUCCCUGGUCCUGAAUAGGGUACCUGUGCCCCUGAAGGACCAGGUGUGCAGUCUGGGAGUCAUUUUGGACUCACAGCUGACCAUGGAGGCGCAGGUCAAUUCUGUGUCCAGGGCAGCUGUCUACCAGCUCCGUCUGAUACACAGGCUGAGACCCUACUUGCUCGCAGACUGUCUCACCAGAGUGGUGCAUGCUCUAGUUAUCUCCCGCUUGGACUACUGCAAUGCGCUCUACAUGGGACUACCUUUGAAGGUGACUCGGAAACUGCAACUAACCCAGAAUGCGGCAGUUAGACUGGUGACUGGGAGUGGCCACUGGGACCAUAUAACACCGGUCCUGGAAGACCUAAAUUGGCUCCCAGUACGUUUCCAAGCACAAAUCGAAGUGUUGGUGCUGACCUUUAAAGCCCUAAACGGCCAUGGCCCUGUAUACCUGAAGGAGCAUCUCCAGCCCUACCGUUCAGCCUGGACACUGAGGUCCAGCGCCGAUGGCCUUCUGGCGGUUCCCUCACUGCAACCAGGCAGAGGGCCUUCUCGGUAGUGGAACGCCUUCCCAUCAGAUGUCAAGGAAAUAAACAACUAUCUCACUUUUAGAAGACAUCUGAAGGCAGCCCUGCUUAGGGAAGUUUUUAAUGUUUAAUGCUGUAUCAUGUUUUUAGUAUUUGGUUGGGAGCUGCCCAGAGUGGCUGGGGAAACCCAGCCAGAUGGGCGGUGUAUAAAUAAUUAUUUUAUUUUAUUUUAUUUUAUUUUAUUUUAUUAAGUGCAUUGUUAAUGAAUACUAUUGCAGUAAUGUGUGUAUCUUGCAAGAUCCAUCCCUUUUUGGAAUACAUUUUUGUUGUCAUUUUGCUGGGACGUCUUAUUUCUGAAAAAUCUAGAAAAUCUCUCUGUGUGCUUAUGUCUCUUUCCCACAGACCUGGUUCCUUCCAUUAUGAGUAACUUGCUGAAUCCAGAUGCUAUCUUUUCAAACAAUGAAAUGAGUCUCUCGGACAUAGAAAUCUAUGGCUUUGAUUAUGACUACACACUUGUCUUCUAUUCCAAGCAUUUGCACACAUUGAUCUUCAAUGCUGCUCGGGAUCUUUUGAUAAAUGAACACCGGGUAAGAUAUUUGGGGGUGUGGAAGUACAUGUUUUAAAUGUAUGCAGUAAUGUUACCACAGGGGCUUGAUCUUCUGCUGUCUUCCUUUCCUAGUACUUAUUUGUCAGUGCGGAUUGACUUAAAAUCAUAGAAUCAUAGAAUUGUAGAGUUGGAAGGGACCAUGAAGGCCAUCUAAUCCAACCCCCUGCAGUACAAGAAUAUUUUGCCCAACGUGGGGCUCAAACACACCACCCUGGGAUUAAGGGUCUCAUGCUCUACCAACUGAGCUAUCCCUCACCCAGGUGUGGGCCAGAAAGGAUGUGACUACAAAGGAAAAGCACCAGAAGUUUAAAGUGAACUCUUGGUUGUAAUUGCUUCUUUGCAAGCAGGGCUUGCUGAGAGUGAACCUUGCUAGGAUUGGCUGCAAGGUGGCGCUCCCCAUCAGGAACCCCCGAGUGCAGGCAAGGGGGCUUGUUGUCGAAGCUGAUUGGUGCUGUCGGCAACCCCCAUUUUGUGAGUUAUGUGUGUGGUUUGCUUCCAAACCUUGCCUGUUAAUGGGGCUUCCCACAUGCCCAAAGUUUGCCCAUGGGCACGAGAUCCAGUUGUAAAUCAGGUUGCCCAUUUCUGAAAUGCAUAUCUUUCAUGAACAAGCUUGCAUACUAGCUGGUUGCUAUAGCAAUUAAAACGAUAUCCAUUUACAGCUAAAAUAGUCUUCAUGCAACCCUUGCAACUCAGUCUGAAAUGUUUGGUAAUACAACUCCCUUGUCUUUCAGCACUACUGAAUUAUGUAUACAUAGAUAGGAGUAAGAUCUCUACUUAGCUUUCUCAGUAUCAGUUCAUGUAUGUAAUCCUCUGCUUCAGGCGUGGGGAACCUACGUCUCCGGGGCCAAAUGACUCAUUGUAUUUGGCCCUCAGGACUCUCCUCAGUUCAUACACCCUCUCGAACUGCACACCUCGCUGGUUCUGCCUCCUUGAGGGUUUUUGCCUGACGAGAAGGUAUUAUUGAAUGUAUUCUUUGCCUAGAUGGAGGAUAGAGAGGAGUGUAUGUGUGUAGAAACUAGCCUAUAGCACGAAGGCCAAAUUUACAUUCGCUCCGCCCACUUUUGCCCCCUGGACAUUGCCCAGGAGGGAAUGUGGCCCGGAAGAAGUUCCCACUUGAAUGCAAAAGCUGCAAUCUCAGAGGCACUAACUUGGAAGUAAAUCUCAUUGAGCCAAGUGGAGUUUGCUUUUGAGUAAACAUGCGUAGGAUUGGGCUGUUGGGGUCCAGAACUUUCCACAAGCAAAAAAGCUAGUCGUUGCGGGGCAAAACAACGUUUCUUCUUGAGAGGGAAAGUUUAUGCUGUUGGUUACUAAAAAAAUAAUAAAUCAUAUUUCGGGAAUUGAAGACAUUAUAGAGCUCAGGUAGUUAGAAGGCAUAAAACAGAAAGACAAACACCUUUCUGAAAGGUGGGGGUAUGCCUUUUGCAAUAAAUAAGGUCCUACAUAUGGUCUCUGUUGGUGAUGCUGAUGUGGUGGGGCAUGUGCUUUGCACACAGACGCUCCCAGGUUCAUGCUCCUGCAUGUGCAGGGUUGGGAAAACACCUGCCUGAAAUCCUGGAGCACCACUGCCAGACAAGUGUCUCUGGCUGUUUUUGGACUACAGCUCCCAUCAUCCCUAGCUAGCAGGACCAGUGGUAAGGGAUGAUGGGAAUUGUAGUCCAAACAGCUGGAGACCCAAGUUUGGGAAACCUUGGCUCAAACAAUACUGAGUGAUGGUUCAAUGGUCUGACUCAGUAUAAGGCAGCUUUCUGUGCUUCUGUGGGAUAUACGUGUAGCUCCUGGAUUCUGGCACCUUUGGUGAUUUGUCCUAGGUCUAGUAGGGAGCUCACAGAAAUGAAUACAUUACAGUGGCACUUGGCUCAGAAGCUGAGUUUUUUCACAUGCGACUCACUUUUACAAACAAAAACAGCUUCUUUUUUCAUUUGGUUUAUGUAUUAAGAUUUUUCAUUGUAGCAAUAAAUAAUACAAUGAAGGGGAAUUAUAAUUAACUAAAGGAGGAUUAUGAGUAAAAUUAAAAUUUGCAGUUUCUUGAAAAGAUGCUUAGGCCUCUGUAGAAUUAUGAAAGUCCUGUCUUGUUCCUUAUCUGAUUGAAAGAAGAUGAGACGGGGAAAUUGGCUUUUAACACUAUCUCAGUUAACAUAUUGCUUGCGGCACAGCACAAAAUUAUAUUUGAGGGUAGGAGCCCUGCUGUUUAUAAUGUCCUCUGAGUCAAAGUUGCUUUACUGCACUGGUAGAAAUGCCUGUGCUUAACCCUCUCUGUGCUGCUGCAUCUGAUUAUUCCUUUCCACUGUCUGAAUUGAACUCCUGAAUGAAUACGUUAGACGCUUCCAAUUCUGCAUUUCAGUCCAAAGGUCAGUGGCUAAAUAUAUACAUCUAUAAAUAUCCCUGCAGAAGUGAAUAAGAAAUUUGAUCAUAUCUAUAUAUCUAUGGUAAACAGUAUUGCAAUUCAGCAAAAUAUUGGUGGCAAUGUUUACCGUAUUUUUCGCUCUAUAAGAUGUAUCUGACCAUAAGACGCACCUAGUUUUAGAGGAGGAGAACAAGAAAAAAAAUAUCCUCUCCCUCUCUGCGCAGCGCCUCUCCAGCAAAGCGGGAGGAGAAAUGGAAGGGGCUCCGUUUCUCCUCCCGCUUUGCUGAAGGGGCGCUUCGCAGCUUUACCUCUCCGCACAGUGCCUCUUCAGCACUGACGAGGUGCUGCGCAGAGAGGGAAAGCUGUGCAGCGCCUCUCCAGUGAAGCGAAGUCAGAACAGCAAGAGGGAUCGCUGCGCAGCGAAUGCAGUGAUCCCUCUUGGUGUUCUGGUUUCUGGGAUAGCCAUGCCAAGCCUCUUCAGGGCAGGGGGAGCAUUCCUCCCAUUGCCCUGAAGAGGCUUUGCGUGGCUAUCCCUGAAGCCAGGAGAGCGAGAGGGAUCGGUGCGCACCAAUCCCUCUCGCUCUCCUGGCUUCAGCGAAAGCAACACAAAGUCUCCUGAGCGCAGCGGGAGGAGCGCUCCCACUGCACUCAGGAGGCUUUGCAUGGCUAUCCCUGAAGCCAGGAGAGCGAUAUCAUUGCCUCCUGUUGUGGGUAGGUGUUUAAGCCAUAAAGGUACCCCUGCCCGUACGGGCCAGUCUUGACAGACUCUAGGGUUGUGCGCUCAUCUCACUCUAGAGGCCGGGAGCCAGCGCUGUCCGCAGACACUUCCGGGUCACGUGGCCAGCGUGACAAAGCUGCAUCUGGUGAGCCAGCGCAGCACACGGAACGCCGUUUACCUUCCCGCUAGUAAGCGGUCCCUAUUUAUCUACUUGCACCCAGGGGUGCUUUCGAACUGCUAGGUUGGCAGGCGCUGGGACCGAGCGACGGGAGCGCACCCCGCCACGGGGAUUCGAACCACCGACCUUUCGAUCGGCAAGUCCUAGGCGCUGAGGCUUUUACCCACAGCGCCACCUGCAUCCCAGUUUAAGCCAUAGUUUUCUGUAAAAAUGCCAUGGUUGCUUUCAGUUGGAGGCUAUAAUUUGGCAACAGAUGAUCCUGACUAAGAAGUACAUUCAGGUAAAAUGAAGCACACACACAUCUCCAAGUACAUGAGAAAUGCUUGAGCACUGUAAAUUAAACUUUCCUAGCAAAAUAAUAAUAAGCAGAUCAAUUCCCCUGAGAGUUCUGCCACUGUUGUAGUGUUUUGAAAAAAGUGUGGAAAAGAUAUUUGCCGGGGUCAUGCGCUGCUCAAAGAGAACACCUUUUGUAUUAAAUUAUACAGAAUAUAUAGAAGUGUUGUUUUUAAUUAACAUGUACGAUUUUCAGUUGUAGGGAAACAAAGCUAGAAAUUGAAGAGGUAGCCAGGCUGAGGACAGAAGCUUUGUUUUCUGAACACAUAUUCACACUGUUUGCCCUUAUCAGUGUUGAACCUUCCAUUGGCCAUGAUCUGUGUGAGUCCAUGUACAUCAAAUUGUGUCCAUACAAGGACUUCAUCCAUUAUUUCAGUAGAGGGAUCAGCUUGGGACCCGCAUCCCUUGACACUAAAGUGAGAAGGAGAAGCCUAGAACUACAGUUUGGGACACUGUCCUUGCACCUUCCUAAAUAAGAGUUGCCAACUUUGAGGAGGGGAGGAGCCUUAAGAUUUUGUUUUGGAUACUAGUCAUGUAAAAUUAUGAGGUCACUGCAGACCCAUUGGUUUGAAUCAUUGUGUGAGUGGAACACCUCCCAUGAGCACAAUGGAACUUCUCCUUGCACCCCCUCCCAGAUAUCUGGGGGUCCCCCCAGCCCUCCAGAUCAGAUUUUGGUGCAGUGCUGGGGGUUGCAGUGAAUGGAGGUCGUUACACUCACACACAUGAUCUAAUUGGAGCCAACCUUUUAGCUGCUUACAUUCCACUUUCAGGGGUCACAAAGUAAUACGCCCAGAGAUUACUGUUUUAUCAAGGCAAAUGAUAAACAAGUGAGGAGUUUGUCUGUUGCCAUCCUUAGUGUGAAUCUAGAGUGAAUCUAGAGUGUGAAUCAUGGAUCCUUAGCUAGAUGCUUACCAAAACUGGCAUUAAUUUGGAAGGGAUGCUGUAAGGAGUCUUGGUAGGGCUUGCUCCUGAUGUUGUUUCAUUGGAACAUAAUCUCUGCAUUCUGGAAAUGGGUAUUGGCAAGGCACCAGGGAUGAGCAGUUUGCCUAAUCCACAGCAGGUGCUUGAUAAGCAAUGUGGGACUCAAGAGUGGGAGGUGGGGUGGGCAGGAGGCAGCGAAGAGCAGAAGUCCAUGUUGCAUGGAGUGACAAAUAACUAUGUUUCCCAAGGAGUGGGGGACACUACAGAGUUAUAAGGCAGAUUUCACUGAGCUAGGGAGUGGACAUAGUGAAAGCUUUGACUUCUGUGGCAGCUUUUUCUCGGAAGGAUUGCAGAGAUGCUAAAUGGGCUCUUAUCAGAAAGGGGGCUUUUAACGGGGAAUUUCUUAAAAGAAUUUCUCCACUUGCAUAGCCCUUAGUGGGCAAGCUGAUAUAAACUAGGAAAGAAGAGAGCUGGUUGUCUUAUCUGAUUAAAGGGGAUAGGUCAUGUUGCUUAAAUAAGUUGUGGUAAAAUAAUUUCCCCCCUCCCUUAUUCUGCUAGUAUCCUGCAGAAAUCCGGAAGUAUGACUACGAUCCAAAUUUUGCAAUAAGAGGUCUUCAUUAUGAUGUGCAUCGGGUAGGUAUACAUUAUUCCAUUGAUAUCAUCAUUCUGUGAGAUGUAUUCCCUAACGCUUGAUCAAAUGUUGUCAGAUCUUGUAUUAUUGGGGAAACUUGAGUUCUGCUUCCCUGUAGCUUGUGCGAUGCUCCUUUUGGACUCAGCUGGAAGUAAGUGAAGUUUUGGCCAGAGUGGCUGUAUCUUGCCCAUCUAUGUAGGUCCUGCACUUCUAAUAAAACUUUUGUUUAGAAUCUUUAACUGGAGAUGCUCAUUCACUGAGAAAUGUGCUCCGUUUCUGCUUGUGGGCUAGCCAUCGUUAGAACAGAGUUCUGGACUAGAUGGGCCAACAGCCAGAUCCAACAGGAUUCUUCUUAAGUUCUAAUAUAACUCUAAAUCAGGCUUUCUCAAACUCGGCCCUCCAGAUGUUUUUGGCCUACAACUCCCAUGAUUCCUAGUUAGCAAGACCAGUGGUCAGGAAUGAUGGGAAUUGUAGUCUCAAAACAGCUGGAGGGCCGAGUUUGAGGAAGUCUGCUCUAAAUCUUGUAGUAAUCAUGGACAACUGUAUUUGCCUGUAACUUCAUCAAAAUACUGCUGUGAAGCCUUGAUAGGUUUCAAGUAAAACCUUUCUCUUUUUUUAAAAGGCAUUAUUGAUGAAGAUUGAUGCUUUUCAUUAUAUUCAGUUGGGAACAGUGUACAGGUAAGUCUUAACCUGCAUGGUUCACAGCAAAAUGUUGCUGUGAGGUUGUUGUUUUUUCAGGGGACUCUAAACAUUCAAAAGUCUAAACGUUCAAAUACAGCAAGUGGGACAGGCAGUGAUAUGUUGCAGCAGGUGGUGCUUCUGUUUAGUCAGCCAGCCAAUUGUGACAGCUUUCAGGAUACUCCAUCCUAUUUCCCCCAAUCCAUUCAGAAUUUCAUGGCCAGAGAGCAUACUGUACUCAGUCCUCAUUGGGCUGUUUUGUGGACCAAACUCCCUUCACAUUCUCUCCCCCCCCGGCUCAAAAAAAGGAGGUUUUAAAAUCAUUAUUUUUGCAAAUAUUUGGGGUCCCCACAAUCUGGCUGAGAUCUCCCACCUGUGGCUCAUUAGCAUUGUUUUGGCUACUUAAGAAUUGUCUUGUGAAGAGUGAGUUCACUAUUACUAUAUAGCAGGGAUGUCCAACCAGUCAACCACAAUCAACCGGUCGAUCCCCGGGAGGUUUCGGUCGAUCGCGGGCUCUUUUUCCUUUGCGGCAGAAAAAAAAGCAUCCGGCCUUGCCCCACUCUCCAUUCGCGCAUGAUCGCAAGAAUGGAAGGCAGAGUUUUUGCUGUGAGGCUGAAUGAUCUUUUGGUGAGCGACAUUUUCCUUUCCCCUCUAGAGAAAGGUCAACAUUAUUACCUGAACCCCCAAAAAGGUCAACAACUUUGACCUGAACCCCCCAAAAGGGGAAGAUCACUGCCAGUUUUUUUAUUCUGUGAGUAGACUGCGACUGGACCCAACAGUCAGGGGUACCUUUACCUUUUAGAUCGCAGUCUCUUGGGAGUUGGACGUCCCUAAUAUAUAGGAUGAAAUGAGCCCCUGUGUUGUGGUGUUCUCUGCUUGAAGAAAUGGCUGAGUGAAAAAGUCUGUUCUUUAGCUUCUGUGGUCUGGGGAGGGUUGGCCGACCACGUGCCACUGACUAAUGUCCUUGCUUUCAGCUGCCAAAUGGUACUAGAAGACCGUGCAGGACUGCAUGGUAUUUAGGCUUCUGCUAAUGACUCAUCUACUCUAGCAAGGAUUUUAAUAUAAGGAAUCAUUAAAACAGAAUGCAGCGGAGUGUGUGUGUGUAGUCACCCUUUGCUUUGCACCCUGCAGGUUGCAAUAUUCUUGGGAAAGUUCAUUUUGUCCAUUGUGAUUCUAAUUGAAACCCAUCCUUUCUAACUGAACUCAUCUGGAAGAAUGUACCUGCUUUGCUUGAAACAUGGCAGCCUUUGAUUGUAACACACACUUCUGCUGUACUUUGAAAGUCAUUGAGGCUGAGCUGUGUUAAGAUUAGAAAUGAAUUGACUAUAAUCCUUUUUUAAAAUACCAUCUUCUAAUCUGUGCUUUAUGUAAUAAAGUUUAAAAGUGGGGGCAAUGCCUUCUUUUAACUUUGCCCUUGGGGCCUUAAAGAAUUAGUGUCUAAUUAACUUUUAGGACAGAAAUGAGAACUUAAGAUCCACAAUGUGUCAUUGCGGUAAAACUUGGCUUCCUUCGUUGACUUAACAAGACUGUCAGUCUGUCUCAGUUGGCAGUGCAUGGUGUUCCUUGCAGAAUCUGUGACAUCAGAUAAGGGAAGAAGUAUUCAUAAUGGUUAAGGCUGACCCAUUGCUUAUGUGAGACUAGAGAAGAUGUGGGUUUUCUGUGUAGAAUAUUGAUACAGUGGUACCUUGGUUUAAGAACAGCUUAGUUUAUGAACAACUUGGAUUAAGAACGCUGCAAACCCGGAAGUAGGUGUUUUGGUUUGUGAACUUUGCCUUGGAAGCAGAACAUGUUUCGCUUCCUGUUGAGUGUGUUCCAUUUGUAAAUUGAGUCCCCCGCUGCUAUGGGAAAGCAUGUAUUGGUUUAAGAAUGCUUUGGUUUAAAAACAGACUUCCGGAACAGAUUAAGUUUGUAAACCAAGGUACCACUGUACUGCCAGGUUGGCUUUGGCACUAAAGCUAUUCUUGCUCUUGCCAGAGGAAUGAGUGUCGUCCCGGAUGAGGAAGUCAUUGCCAUGUACGACGGGUCCCAUGUCCCCUUGGAACAAAUGAGCGACUUCUAUGGAAAGGUAAAAGUACAAGCCACUACAUCUCUUAACUAAAAAUUCCAUAUGAUGGCAUAAUAGACUCACGUGUUCUCAUUACCAUGACAUAUAUAAUGAUGUCUCAGUAGCUUUAUUAUAACUAACAGAUCGUUUCUUGUUAGCUGAAAGUUCAUAACUUAGGUCAUCAAGCUAUGGAAGCCGAUGGAAAGAGUGACCUGCCUCUUUCAAACUGGCAUUUUCCUCUACUGAGAUGGCUGCUGCUUUUUAUUAUUGUUCAUGCAGAAAUCAAGAGUGGAGAAACAAUAUUUUUUAAACCCAUUGCAUCGCAAGGAAGUGCAUGUAGUCGAAUGUUCAUUCUGAAAUAUGUUGCUUAUCAAAUUGGAUGCUGCUUUCAAAAUACAAUCUUAUGGUGCGAGCCACAUCCACCUUAACAUAUAGAUGAUUUGUGGGAAUGCAAAUGUAAAAUAGAAACAUAGAAGAUUACUUGAAAUGUAGCCGAUUUAGGAUGGCUUGGUUUUGUUUUGUUUGUUUGUUUAGGGCUCAUCAUUCACUAUGUCAUGGGUAGGUAACCUGUGAUUAGGACGCCUCCCCCCCCCCUUUAAUUUUUUUCUGGCUACAUCUUUAGAGGGUAGUUCAGUGGAGUAUCACCAAGCUAAUGAGGCAAUAACUAAAUGGUAGUGGAGAUACAUAUUCUGACUGGCCAGAAAUUCCAAAAAUUGCCAUGCAUUUCAACACUUCCAAAGUUUAUUUUUGUGCUGAACUUUAAUGCUUGUGGAUAUCUAGAUUCCAUGCAUGUAUAAGGAUUUUGUUCGCUAAUGUAGUGCCGGAUAGUGAACAGGUUAGUUUGUGCCGUCUAUAAACUGAUGUGAAAAAGGAUGUUUUAUUGUAUCCUCACCAGUGUUCUGUCACUAAGCUGAAAUUGUUUAUUUUCUAGCACAGAACCUGUUUUCACAAGACACUUAAACACACACAUUGCAUGUUGUAAAAUCAUUCUCUGAUGUUCUCAUGUGACUCAUUCCAAGCUAAGAGGCAGUCUGGUUGUGUCUGUCCUUUGUUUCCUGUAGACUUAAUGCAAGUAGCAGAAACUAAAGCUUUACAAAACUGGUUUAUGACAUGUAUGCUUGUUUGCAGAGUUCACAAGGUAACGCCAUGAAGCAGUUCAUGGAUAUCUUCUCCUUGCCUGAAAUGACGCUCCUGUCUUGUGUGAAUGAGUAUUUUCUGAAAAACAAUAUAGACUAUGAGCCAGUUCAUCUCUACAAAGAUGUAAAGGUAUUGAGUUGUCCCAUUUUAACAUUCAUCCGUGUGACUUUUUCAUGCUGCCAGAUGCAUAUGCCAAUUUCCUUCUUUUCCAGCUACCACAAAUUCAUUACAAUGAGGAGGAUACUGCACACUAUGCUAAACUAUAUGGCCCGCAAAACAAUUUAUAGUCUUCUAUAAAUGUUCUUCUGGCUAUUGGAUUUAAUUGGCGAUGAGGUCAUACCCAGCGUAGACUCAUUGAGAAAAGCAGGCUUAUAUGGGUCUAACUUUAGAUAUUGCCCAAUAUGUAUGAGAAGUUCUUUUUUUAAAAAGUAUGGAAAGGUAUCGAGUAGGAUUUCUAAGUAUCAAUGGCAGGGUCCCUCCAGCCUCCCCACAUUCCAUGCUUUGACUGUUUCCUGUGAUUCUGGAGAGAGAGCCAGCUAUAUAGCUAUAUGCUGUUCUGAAAUUACUUUGCGAUAUUUAACGAGAAGUGAUUCAUAAAUGGAAUUAAAUAAAUUGUGCAAUUUAUACAGUUUGUAAAACUUAGUAUUACAUAAUCCAGCUUCCCUUUAUGCAAAAUUUGGCUUGUCUUAGACAAAAUUAGGAGUUCUACCUGAUGACACCAGUGUCCAAGUACAGUGGUACUUCGGGUUACAUAUGCUUCAGGUUACAUACGCUUCAGGUUACAGACUCCGCUAACCCAGAAAUAGUACCUCGGGUUAAGAACUUUGCUUCAGGAUGAGAACAGAAAUUGUGCUCUGGCAGUGCGGUAGCAGCAGGAGGCCCCAUUAGCUAAAGUGCUGCUUCAGGUUAAGAACAGUUUCAGGUUAAGAACAGACCUCCGGAAUGAAUUAAGUACUUAACUCGAGGUACCACUGUAUGUAGCUUUACUAUUUGAGGAAAUUUUCAAGUGGGAUCCUAUAUCAAGUGGGGGUUUUUUGGGGGGGGUACUGGAUUGUUGUUUUUAUUUUGAUUAUGUAUUUUGUGGUUUUAUAUUUUGAUUUUAUUCUGUGAACCAUCCUGAGAUACAGUGGAGUAUAUAGGGUAUAGGGCAGUAUAUAAAUUCAAUAAACAAAUAUUUCCUUAGUCCUGUUUUUUUCUGCUACCCCCAUUCCUAGUGUCUGGAUAUCUUGUACUUCCUGACACCUGCUUUUGGUAGUCUAGCAGCCAGCCAAAAUACUUAUUGAAGACUGUGCUCUAAGUUGGGGGUGGAAGGUGUCCCACUCACCAAUAUUCCAUUUUCAGUUGGAGAAAGAUCUCACUGUUCAUCUACAUUAAUUUCCUUGACAGGACUCUAUCAGAGAUGUCCACAUCAAAGGAAUAAUGUACAGUGCAAUUGAAGCAGAUAUUGGUAAGUGCUAAGAGAGCUUUUAUGAAGGAACAACUUGUUUUCCUCUUACUGUUAAUGUUUUACAGUUCUUCGUUCUAACAGAUGGCGUUCUUCGUGCUUUUGCAAACACCUGGUGCGGUGUGAAUUGUUGAACUAAUGUAGGGCAGCGUUGGCAAAGCCAUGGUCCCCUCCAGGUGUUGUUGGGACGCAAUUUCCAUCAGCUCUGGCCAACAUGGUGUAUGGUCAGGGAGGUCCAGCAACAUCUGGAGGGCUACAGGUUCCACAUCCAUCACGUAAGGACAUCUCCCAAACACACAUUGCUCAUUCCUGUUUUAGUCAGGGGUAAUGGCAACUACCUUUAUCUGGACAUGAACUGCAACAGGUGUUGUGGGAACCAUAUCUUCAGUGAGGCAAGGUGGCCGUAUGUGCAAGGAUGCGGGCACUGUAAUGGUGUGCGGCUUCUAAGAGCUUGUUUAGAUGUUCCAGAAAGCCUCAAAGAAGUUAUUUCAGUCACUUGUACAACAUCUUUUCACACUUUUGCUGCAGAGCUUGCCUUUUAGUAAUUUACACCUGCCUCACGAGGAAAAGUGCAAGUUUCUGAAGGACUUUGUGCAUAUUUCCUCGAAAGUGCCCCAGCAAGAGAUGUGAAUCUCUGGCUGCGGUUGUCUUUUAUUUUUUUAUUUAUUUUACAGAUCCUGUAAGCCACCAGAGAACAGUGUUCCUGAGUGACAAGAAAAUGGAGUUAAAGUACAGAUGUUGCCACUUUGGAUAUUUCACUGAGAUUUUGAAUUGGAAGUAUAGAAUAAGGAUACGCAACUUGCCCUUGCACCAGCUUUUUGCUACUUCUGUCGUUUUCUGCCUCUUCCCUCUCCAAAUCUAAGAAGAGAAACAGGGUUCAGUAAAACUGGUUGUCUGGACUCCUUGAAUUUUGUAGGAUUCUAUGCCUACUGCUGUUCUAAGCAAGCUAGAUUGCGCUGUUUCUCCAGAGCAUGCUGGCCAUAAGACCUCUUGCACCCAGAGUCGUGAGUCGCACUUCAUUUCUGCAAGACUCUGUAUUUUCCUCAUGAUGUAGGCAGCAGCCAGAACAAAUUGCCACCCCUCUAGAUGCAAAGGUGGCAAACCAGGACAAUUCAUCAGGCUUGCACGGUAGCUAGAUUUAUUUAAUGAGGAAUAUUCUUUUAGAUGCUUUAGAGUUUAAAGUCAUGGUGCACAAGAUGUUCCUAAAAAUGUUUAGACAGUUCAGAAAUGUUAUGCGCCUUUUAAAGGCUUCAAAAUGCCAGGGUGUUUGGGAGUCUGGAUUUCCAGUCUGGUGUAGCUAUAAACCUUUGGUAUCCAGGGAUAACACAUCUUCACUAAUUUAGGAGCUUAGGGUUUGAGUGAGGGCUUUUUCUUGGAAGUAGUUUUUUUAUGCCAGGUCAAAUCCUUGGAACUUUCGGCGGAUCCCCAGAAACACUUCUAUGUCAACAACAUUUUUCAGCAACCGUUGGCCACAGCAUAUACACUAUUGCCGGCCCUUCUGGGAUUGUGGGAAGUGCAUUCAAAUUACAGGGCAUGGAUUCCAGAUGAUUAGCUCAAGCUGCAGUUUCUCUUCUUAAGAAUUUUAACCUUUGCUUCUUCUUUUUAACAGAACAGGACAUUCACAGGAGUAGAGAGACAAAUCAUGUUGCCUUCUGUGUGAAAUGGGGGCACCUUCCAGAGAAAGGCUUCUAUCCUUAUGUCUGAGUUCAUAUGGGGCAUGUGUGUAUGGCCAAAGGUUCCACAUCCCCGAUUUACCCUGUGGAUUCUUGUUGCUCUUUACAUUGCGAACCUUUUUACGUUGCGUUUCUCAGACGGCUUGUACUCGACCAAAAAACAGUGUAACAGAGGGAACAUGAGUAGGCUUAGAAUUUACACAAGCUUGAAGACAUUCCUUUGAUAUAUACAUAAUAUAAUCUGGGGUUUUGUAACUUGUGUCUUUCUCCCCCUUCUCUCCCCACCCCUUUCUCUCUGUAGAGAAGUACAUUUGUUAUGCUGAGCAAACGCGUGCAGUGCUUGCAAAGCUGGCAGAUCACGGCAAGAAGAUGUUCCUCAUCACAAACAGCCCUAGCAGUUUUGUGUAGGUGGAUUUCUUCAUACGUACAAAACCAAAAGUGUUUCUCUAAAACAAUGGGUGUCGAUAGUUGCUUUUUUUAAAAAAAAGCAGGCUAGUAAUAUUUGUGUCAGUAAAAAUUGGUUUGCUCUUUGCAGGGACAGAGGCAUGAAGUACAUCGUUGGGAAAGACUGGAGGGAACUUUUCGAUGUUGUCAUUGUCCAGGCUGACAAGCCAAACUUUUUCAAUGACAAGAGAAGGUGAGUCCCUCCCUGUAAAAGCAUCCUCUCCUUUUAAAUUCAGUUCUUUAACAAAUCCCUCACCCCCAUGUUCCUCAGUUAUGAUGAUGAUGAUGAUGAUGAUGAUUAAAACCAUUAACCUUUUAACCUCUUUCUCACAGUUUCCUAAUACCUUUGCUGGCUCUUUCCCCUCAGCGGAGGGAGCCCUUUCUUUCCCUUUUCACUCCUGCAGACACAUAUCUGGCUCUUCAGUUCCUGCUCCCUGAGGCCAGAUUUGUGGUUCUACGGCAGAGCAGGUGGACAACACUGUAGAAUUAGCCAAGAGAGCCUUUCUGGCUUGACAGGAAUUCGGGUAGAGUGGGGAUAUGAGUGUACAUGCAUGUGUGAAGCAAAGGCGACAGAGGAUGCAAAAGUGGCCUUGGGCACUUCUUCUCCUUUUCCUCUCCCUCAGACCACCACUUUCGCCUCCCUUCCUCCCCCCCUCCUUUCUCUUUUUCACACUCAGCCAGUCCCUAUGUCCACCCAUCAUGUUUUCCUGUCUUUCUCAUCCCUCACCUUCCAACCCUGUGAGCUUCUCUCUAACCAUCUCCUGCGUGUUCCUACACAAUAUGCAUUGCAAGGAGCAAUGGUUGAUGACAUUGGUCAAACCAAAAGGCCAUGGAAGGGCCAAGGGGCAGGGGAAGCAAGUGAGAAGGCCCCGGGUGGGCCGUAGCACUGAGGGCCACCUGAAAGUGGAUGGAGGUCCAUGGCUGGUUACUGUCCCACCAUUUGAGAAAAGUUGCACUAGAAUGUGCAUUAAUCUCAUGCUUUGGACUUCUGGUCUACUUUAAGAAGAAGAAGAAGAAGUUAAAAACAAACAAACAGAACUGUGCUGAUGCAGGAGGCCAGGUGAACGUAAUGGGUGGUUAAUAUCCAAAAAAGGUUGAGAGUUUAUCUUAAAGACUUAGGUAAUAAAAGCUGAUGGCAUCUGAUUAAGAGCUGACCUCUUUGCAAAUCAGGCUGCUUUAUAAUUUACUAUAGUCACACUGUGUGACUUAAAGAUCUAUGGUGAGCAGCCAGGUAUUCAGUGAACUAGGUUUUCUGAAGUCCUUCACCAGGGCUACUGCUGGUUUUUACCAAAAGGGUUGGUCACCCAGUUCCCUCAGUGAUGAUCAAUAUUUAAAACUGGAAGGGACUUCCAGGAUCAUCCACAUGUAAGUUGUUGAGCCUCAACAAGAUUUACUGAAUGAAGACUAUUCCUACACUUCUGAAGCUGUUUAUUUGGGGGGGGGCAGGCAGGGAGACUCUGCAGGAGAGUGUAAAUUAUUCUUAUAUUCUGGUCUGUAUCUGUUUCCAUUGAGUGGUGACGGCAGUAAUACUAUUGGGUCAUUGAUCUUUGUGCACUCCCUCUCUCAUUUUUUAAAUAGACCUUUCCGCAAGGUGAAUGAGAGAGGUGUUUUGCUUUGGGACAAAAUCCAUCAACUGCAGAAAGGCCAGAUUUACAAACAGGUAUGUUUUUUGUUGGUUUAAAUAUUUAUACUCCUCACCUUUUCACGUCAAACUGGACCUUUCUGACAAUCAUGAUGAACAUACACAAAAUCCAGAGCAACCUUAGUCAGCAGCAUUGAAAAGAGUGUGUGUGUGUGUGUGUGUGUGUGUGCGCGCGCGCUCAUUGUCUGUAUCAGCUGAUCGUCAGCCCUGUGGGGACUGACCCCACUAGGGAGUUCCCUAGUGGGCAGCCAUUUUUCCCCUGUAGAUUUCGGUAAUUUCUUUAGAAAGAGGUGAGCAAGACAGUCUUCAGCAUAGGCAACAGUUGUGAGCAUAAACCUCCUAGCUUGCCAUGGGGCUGCUAUGUGAGAGCAAAAAUGCAUUUUAUUCUAGGGAAAGGACCAUAGCCUGGUGGGAAGAUGCUUGCUUUGCAUAUAGAACAUUCCGGGUUCCAUCCCUGGCAUCUUCCAAGGAAGGCUGAGAGAACUGCUGCCAGUCAUUUUAAACAAUACAGACUCAGACCAUUGCUCCAUCUGACUCAGUAUCAGGCCACUUGUGUCUCUUUUUGAUAAUAUUAGCAUCUGCUUUUCAUGUGAAAAGCAAAGAUUUUACUCUUCCUCGGAGAGGGCAAGCUGCCAGCAUGACAGUCGCCAGGUUCUGUUUAUGACUCAUAAUUUUGUCUUUUCCUCCCUUCUCUCGUAGGGCAACUUAUAUGAGUUUCUAAAGCUGACUGGCUGGAGAGGCUCCAAAGUCUUGUAUUUCGGCGAUCACAUUUAUAGCGAUUUAGCAGUAAGUAACUUGCUCCCCUACUUGUUAGUUUGAUAAAAACUGGUCAUGUCUACAGAAACGACCUGCGUACUGUGAAAACAAUUUUGUAAAACAGGGAAACUUAUGAAAAAAAUAGACCAAUGCGCCAAGUUUCUGCCAUAAAAGUGAGUAAAGCCCUGAUAGGAUUACUUGUUUCUGUUCGGGGAAACAUAAGCCUCUUAUUGCACCUUCCACGUAGUUCUGAGUUUUAUUUAAUGGUUGGGAUCAAGGCUGCAGGGCACUUGGCUAAGUUUUUGGGCUGUACGUAAAGGCUAGAUAUGGAUGGCUGUCAUUUCCUGUGGGUCCAAAUACAGAUUGGGGUGAAGGAUUGACUGAUGUUCUGAAGGACCCAGUUGCAAGGAUCCCAAAGGAAGAUGUAUAAAACUCCAGAGCGAUCAGUUCUAGUGCUUUAUCAUAGAGAUAUAUCAAGAGACUUAGAUACAGCAGUGCAAUGCAGGAUUCCUUGCCACUACACCUCUGGACACAUGCCGAAGUGGCAAGCAUAAUGGCUUUGUCUGCGGGGGCUAAUCAUGUAUGGGUUACUUAAUCAAAAAGCAAGCUAUGUAAGCUGGCAGCAAUAACCCAGUUAUAACCACCCCUGGGAUAGAAGUCCAUUCCCCACUCCCAUCCAUCACUCAGACAAGGGUACAGCUGACAGGCAGCCAGCAUGAGAAGCCUCUCCUUUCCCAACUAGCUAAACAAAAAAGCUAAGGCUUCCAAGCUUCAGUGCAAGCAGAUAAGCACAUAUGAGUUCAUUCUAACAGUAAAUACCAAUUAGUCCUGGGGUUAUCAUGACUGCCAAGAUUUACAGGUUUACAGGUCUUCUGGGACAUUCAUACCGUUUGGCUCUGCACAGUGGCCUAAAACGGGAAUAAUUGCAGUUCAAAUGAGUUACUGUUAUAUUUAAGUGGAGAAUUGUAUUUCACCUUUUGAGUACUUCAGAUCUCUUACACUUUGCAGUGGACUCUUGUAUGUGCGCGCACUCUCUCUCUCUCUAACUUCAAAACUUAACAGGACAACAUCUUUUCCAUGUCUAUAAAUGUAAGCUGGCUAAAAUAUUACUUAAUGUAUCUCAAUAAUGAGGCCGAGGAAGAGAUAAGGACAGCUUUGCAGACUAAUGCUCAGGCCAAAAAUAGCAAUAAAUAAGAUGACGAGUUACAAAUUACAAAGCAGUUUGUGCAAUAGAAAUUGGAUUUAGGUUUGGGGAUGUUCCCAGCUUUACUCCACAUUUUAGCAGCUGACCAUGUGUGGUGGGCCUCUAUAAGAACCUCAGCACUAGACUGUUUGAUAUUUUUAUGUGUGUUCAUUUUAACUCGCUUAUCCACUAGGUAGUCAAGGUGAUAUACAGAGUGGUAGCUUUUUCAACUGCAAUUGGUAAAGUCCUUGAGUGUGCCUGUUAUUGACACAUGGAUGGAGGGCCGUGCCUGUUGCAGAGAGACCUGUCAUGAUUUGUGCUAAAACAGGGAUUAAUUGAAACACCUUGUGACUACUACAUCACAGUCGUUGGGCUGUCAUCCAGCAGUUAAGUUAUACUUCCACCUGCCAAUCACAUGAAAGGUGCAGAAGGGGACAGAAAAACCACUUUUCUUGGUAGCUGUAAGAUAUGAAAUCUGCUCUAAUGCCCAGAAGGGCCUGACGGCAUAGGAAAUCUCCCUGCCAGCCCCAGCAGAUCCCAGGAAUGUGACCAAUGACUUGUCUGGUGGGCCCAUGCAACGUGUUUCAUCAGGCUACAGCUAAACUACGCCUUGAAGCUUUUACAUCCAUUAUAGGAGAAGCAGAGCCCAGUGAUCUGAGUACUUCUAAUGAUGGAAGAAGCAGCACAGAAGCUAGUAAGGGAAUUGCUGUUGCAAGUGCUGUUUUAGCACUGAGUUUUUAAUUACUGAAGCCUCCCUCUUCCUGUCUGGGAAGGAUGCUUAUCACAUCAUUGACCCAAAAUUGACUCUGUAUACAGAGGGCUGGUAGAGAAUUAAAUGUAUUUCAGAGUAACUUUAAAAUAAAGCAAGCUACUCUAUUUUUUUGUUAGAGAUUGUUUUGUAAUGGUGAAGUACAGUGGUACCUCGGGUUAAGAACUUAAUUCGUUCUGGAGGUCUGUUCUUAACCUGAAGCACCACUUUAGCUAAUGGGGCUUCCUGCUUCCGCCCCCCCCCCCACUGGAGCACGAUUUCUGUUCUCAUCCUGAAGCAAAGUUACCCAAGGUAAUAUUUCUGGGUUAGCGGAGUCUGUAACCUGAAGCGUAUGUAACCCAAGGUACCACUGUAUAAAAAUGUCAGUCUUUCGCUGGGUUUAUUUUUUAAGACAGGCUCAUUCCCCUGCAGUGACAGUGAAAGAGUCUGUACAGUCCCUUGGAUAUCAUCUGUGUAAAAAUGCAAUGACUGAGUGCUGCUCAUUUCACUUUUAUCCUGCCAUGCAGCACUAGCAGAUUCCAGGGUGUGUUGUGCAUAAUAUAUAGAAUAAAACAUCAACUUUAGAACUGAGAAUAACCCUGGAGAACCACUUCCAGUCAUUGUUGUCAAUACUGAGCUAGGUCCUUUGCAUGCUUGCUCUUUGGGGAUUACUUCCAAGUUUGCAGAGGACUGCAGCCGGUCUUUUUUCUUCUUUUGGCCCCAGGCUCCUUACUACAACAGGAGGAGAAGUUUUCCUAUCCUGUUUAAGCAGCUUAACGCAGGUUCUGUUAAUAUUUUACCAUUUCCACAUGUUACAAUACUUCCCCCCUAAUUGGUUUGCCUCCCUGUUCUCCUGACACAAAUGUUCUUCCUGGUCAGCUGUGUGUUGUUUACCCCAUGGGCUCUCCAGCCUGGCUACCUGGUAUCAGAUGGAUUCCCUCUUAGUUUGUUCCUCUUAAUUAUUUGUACAGUGGCCCAGCUGAUCCACUUAGCGUGUAACUGCUGCUUAUGUAUAAGCAAGAAUUAUCUUACAAAUGGCCUUUAGGGUGAAAGAGUAGAAAAGUACACAUUGAAUCGUUUUAACACUAACACUUUUGUCUCUUGUAAUCCUGGCUGGCAAAAUAGGAUUUGACCUUAAAGCACGGCUGGCGAACAGGUGCAAUUAUUCCGGAGUUACGGACGGAGAUUAAGAUCAUGAACACAGAGCAAUACAUUCAGACCAUGACCUGGCUUCAGACUCUCACUGGAUUACUGGAACACAUGCAGGUUUGUUGUGCUUAUUCUAGCUGCCUCCAGCCCUUUCUACAAAUUCCUCUAGGGUUUCUGGUGUUGCCAGUGUAAUUUAAGAAUGGGCAGAAAUAUGUGUAAUCAGAACUUAAAUAUAAUUUCUGAUGAAAAGCUGUUUUCGUGUUUAAGUCUGUUUCUCCUGCUGUCUCUUAUAGACACACGGACGUCUUCAUACAAAUAUUCUUGCACUCAAAAGCAAUUGUAUUCUUCCCCUACAACCCUGUAAAAAUUCUGUGGCUUUGUUAAAAGCAUUAAGUAAUGGGUUUCAUUAAUUGGUGUCACACAGCUGACAGCAAGGCUUCCAACAGUCGGAUGAGGGAAACAAUUUUUGGCAAUUCUUCCUCCCACUCCCAGGGUUGGGGAACCUUGCAGAGCUGGUUUAGGGGAGGCAUGGGGUGCUGUCAGGUUAGUGGGUGGUGGUUGAAAACAGCUUUCCUCCCUGUUCCACUGGCGGAUACAAUCCCCUGCUCCUUCAUAGUACAUUAGCUUUGUGCUGACAAGUUAAAAAGCCACAGCUCUUAUCUUGUUCACGUUUUUCCCUCUGUGUCAAAUUUCUUAAUGGUGUGCAGACAUGAUUACACUACAAUAUACUCAUGUCCUUUUCCUGUGAAGGAGUCUGUGCUAAGAACAUACAAGGUUGCUUGUUAUCAUUUCAGGUUCACAGGGAUCCAGAUUCUCAGCUGAUUUUACACGAGUGGAAAAAGGAAAGAAAGGAAAUGAGGUAAGCAUUAACAUUGGGAAUGCGUUUCAAGAUUUGAAAAUGCAAAUCCAGAUACAAGCUUUUAACAAUGUACGACAGUGCCCAGUUUGCUGUCUUUUCCUAUUACCUUUCUUAAUAGUAGUAGAUACAGCAGAGUAUUCAACACCACUAGAUACCAAAUCUGGCUGUUGGGGAAACAAUUUAAUUGGCUAAAACUUGCAAGACGUUUCUGUCUUACAAAGCAAGCCCAUAGGGAAAAUCGUCUUGCGAAGCAGCUCAAAAACAAAAAACCCUUUCGUCUAGCGAGUUUUUUGUCUUGCGAGGCAUUCGUCUUGCGAGGUACCACUGUACUAGCUAUGCCUUUGUUGGUUUAGUUUUCUUUAGCUGUUUGCAUUAUUUAUAGUUGGCUUAAUAGUUUGAAUGUUCUUUUAUUAUUGGAAAUGGGUUUGCAAACCAUCUUGAGAGUUGUACUGAAUGGACAGUACAGAGGUACCUUGGGUUACAAACUUAAUUCGUUCCGGAGGUCCGUUCUUAACCCGAAACCGUUCUUAACUAGAGGUGCACUUUCGCUUAUGGGGCCUCCCACUGCCGCCACCAUGCAAUUUCCGUUCUCAUUCUGGGGCAAAGUUCUGAGGUACUACUUCCAGGUUAGCGGAGUUUGUAACCUGAAGCGUUUGUAACCUGAGGUACCACUGUACAUAAGUUAAACUAACGAAUAUAUGCAAUCUUUGUCAGGAGCACAUUCUAAAGACAUUGCAAAAAGCAGAGGGGAAAGAGUUGACAAAGUUUCCUCCCCUGGAUUUUCUGACUUAGAAGUCAGCUCAGUUGGUUAGAGCCUGGUGCUGAUAAUGCCAAGGUUGCAGGUUUGACCCCCAUAUGGGGCAGCUGCAUAUUCCUCCUGCAUUGCAGGGGGUUGGACUAGAUGACCCCCAGGAUCCCUUCCAACUCUGUGAUUCUUUGAUAUCUGUGAAGCAAGAUGAAACUGAUGUUUUCUGAAGGUGACUUUCAGUUAACAAAAUAGCAUGGUACCUUGUUUCAAUAUAUAAAUAAACUGGUUUUAACUGGGGGGAAAAAGAAUCUUUGUUAAGCACUUUGGAAAGCUUGGUUUACCUUAAGGGGUUGACAAUUCUAAGAAUGCGUAUCUUUCUUACCCCUCCCAGAGAAACAACCAGGAACUUCUUCAAUUCUCAGUUUGGAAGCUUAUUCAGGACUGACCAGAACCCAACCUAUUUUUUAAGACGCUUGUCUCGCUUUGCUGAUAUUUACAUGGCAUCCUUGAGUUGCCUUUUGAACUAUGACCACGACUACACAUUUUAUCCAAGGAGGACUCCUUUGCAGCAUGAACUCCCGACAUGGUCGGACCAACUGUGCACUGGUACAUUCAGAAUACCAUUUCUGCAAGAGAUGAUUCAAAUCAAAUAAGUUUUCUUUUCUCUCCCUUGGUUUUUAUAAUGACAAACCUUUACCACCUUCCUCCCCUCUUUCCACUGUCUCAGUAGAGCAAAGUAUAUUUAUCAUAACAUGAAUGUAUCUUUAAAAGCAAUUAUCUCUUCUAUAAUAGCUGUAUAUGAUUAUAGAGCAAAUAUUUCUAUUUAGGUCUCUUUUCUUGACUUUAGUAAGAGCUGAUAAGUCAUGUUGCACUAAUAGAAAAUAGAUCCCUUCCCCCAGCUGAAUAUUUGCUGAAAAAGAAUUAUUUGCACAUAAAACAACAAUUUAAGAUAUUUCUAGUUGUAUGACAUGCAGCCUGAUAUAUUACUCUGGUGUACUGUAACCAGAUGAGCAUCACUUUGGAUUCUGGACGUGUUUUGAAUCUGGAUUUAUCUUAAAUUGUAGCUAGUUUUCUUCUAGUUGGAAAAAGAAAUAUAAAAUUUCAAUAAAUUUUGAAGCUAUGAGGGGAUAAGAAAUCUUGUGUUCUCCCUACAGCUGCUUCUAAGCAGGGGAAAAGUUUAAAUGAGUGCCAUACUUACAAACCUAAAUUUAAUUUACAACUUUGAGAAUGUGUUUGCAGAGAUCAUCUGCAUGCAGAAUUAGGUGUCUCUGUGCAGAUGUGCAUCUGAAUGCUCAUCUGAGUCCUACUGGACUUGGCUGGGUUGAUUCAGAUGGAGGACAAACCCUCUCUACCUGGAGCCAGUAGUUGCUAUGUAACCAGUUGUGUGCAAGCUAGAUUGAAGUCCAAAUUUACAACUUAGGUUCCCUUCCAAAUUGCUAUCGUUGGAAUGCAACUCCCAUCAUCCUUGACCAUUGGCCAUGCUGGCAGCUUAAAACAGCCUUCCCCAACCUGCUGCCCUCCAGACAUUGUUUAACUCCCAUUAGCUGAGCCGGUGGUCAAGGAUGAUAGGAGUUUGAGGUCUUUCACCAUCUGGAUUCUAGAGCUCCAGGUUGUGGAAGGGUGCCUUGAAACAAUUUCCCUUUUUUAUUUUUAGAAGUCAUGUAUUUUAUUUGCUGAAGUUCUUCAAAAUAUAGAAAGAAUUGUUCUCUUUAUUUUUAGGAAAUAAUUUGGUCCCCCCAAUGCUGGUCAGGUAAAGUUUGUGUGUUACUAGUUUGUAUACAUUUUAUAUGUACGUGAGAGGCUUUUAAUCGCAUUGUUCUAAUUCUCUGUGUUGCUUAAGAACUGCCUGCUUGCAUGACUCAAUAUGGUCCGGGAUUUCAGUUCAUUGAAAUAGACUUCUAAGUAAUGCCGAGCUGAAGUUUUUAAUUUUCCUCUUUGCCUUGAAAGCUAUGGCUUUGGGGUGGGGUGUGGAUCUCUUCUCCUCCCUUUAUUGCUUUGGCACCAUUCCCCCCCGUUUUCAAUUGCAUUGACAUGAUCCCUGAAUGGCUGGAUCACGUGAAUGCAGUGCAAUGCGAAUUUAACCAAUUGGAUUGGAUGAUGUGCUGAUAUCUUGAAGGGCAAAUGAAGCCCAUUUUGUGUGAGAGCUAUGUUCACAUGGACGAUCCUAUAGACGUGUUCAGAUAUCAAGCUUUGUUUUUGGUGUCUCUUCGCAGUGAUCCCCUAAAGCACCAAGGAGCUCCCUUUCUGGCAUUAAGUAUUUCCCCUACUUUUUAUAAUUGUUUUUGUAUCGACACAGACUUACUUAGUUUUCUGAGGAGUGGAGAGGCUGUGGCUUAGUGGCAGAGCAUCUGCUUUGCAUGCAGGCAUACAACCCCCAGGUUCAAACCCUGCCAAUCCCAGUCAGGGGUUCGAGAAAGGUCCCUACCUGGGACACUGGAGAGCCACUGCUAGCCACUGCCAACACCACUGAUCAGACUUGGUAUUAGGCAGUUUCCUGUGUUCUUAUGAUGUGCUGGCCAUGUCGCCUAAUUGCCAUCUUACGCGGAGGGGCUUGAGCUUGUCUUUUGGUGACGCUGGCGGGGAUGUUUUUCUGCCUGUAAAUGUUAUACUUGGAAUGCAUAACUGCCACUCACCACCUUAAUGCUCUGUGCUAGAGUGGAUGAAACUCGGCUGAGUCAUUGGUAAAGCUUUAUCAGAACAGUCGCCUCUGUUUUAUUGCUUUUAAAGAAGAGGGAAAAGCCCUUUAAACAGAAAAUCCAAGGGAUUGGACUUGAUUGUUAAAGCAUAACCAAGACUUGGUGUUACUUGAAAUGAAUCUAAUAUUCUAGGCUUCCAAAGCCCCUUUAAAAGACUGUAUUUGUAUAAGAUGUUAAAGAAUGGAAUUAGUUUGUAUUCUAGAAAAUUAUGGCAUAAAGUGUUUUAAGGGUUUAUGAGAACACUAUCCAGUGUUGUGUACUCCUUCUCCACACAUAAUUUUUGUACAAAAUCGCUUUGUAGAAAACUACUUCUAUUGCAGAUUACUUUUAUUUCUUUGUAUACAAAGUAUAUUAACUGGUGCUGAUUUGCUGCUACAUAAUGUCGUAUAUUGUAAAAUGAUCUUGCAUGUGAAGUGAUUGGGGCCUAACCAGCUGCAAACUAACAUUUGCUCAUUUCUGUUACUGCUGUUAUUUAAAAGCACUGUAAUCACUUAUUGUAGCACCCACAACUUCUGAUAUUGUAGCCAUGUGGAAUUCUGUUAGUAUCUGAAUACCAAAAAGGAAGUCAGUAGUUUACUUCUUGACAAACUGACUUCCCCAAAAAUAGAAAUUGCCAGAUAAAUUUUCUUUUUUGUAUCCCAAAAUGUCUCUGGUACAACAUCAUGCAAUAAAUGUCUUGUCACAUUCAUUAAGAUUAUAGUCUGGAAGUCGUAAUUGUUGGUUUUAAAAAUUUAUCUGAAAUAGAAAAGCCUCCUGCAGCAUGAAACUGUAUUCGAAGAGAAAUGGUGGCAAUUACACACGACCCUCUGAAUAUUAGACUAGAGUCUACAAGAUGUGAUAUUACACCCACAGGGAACCUGCUUAAGAUCCUUACCCACCCUGUUCAGUACAGGUGUCUCCCCACUUAUAUGGGGGUUCUGUUCCUGGGUACCACAUGUAUACAUGAAAUCACAUAUAGUGAGGAGCACCAUCUAAAAAGCCUGUAAACACCUUCUGGAAACCCUUGAAAAACACCAGCAGUAGUUACCAGACUGACAAGAAUGGUGGAAACGGUGACUCUGUUUUCUUCAUCACUGGAGGACGAUGUGGAAACAGGGAGGGGGUAGAUCCACACCCUGAAGUGGCUGUAAUUCAGAGGUAGACCCACUGUUUUUCAGGCUGUUUUUGCCCUUUUUGAAGUUUAGUUCGAAUUAUUUCCUGGUGCCGCACAUGAGUCAAAAGCAUGUAAGUGGGGAGACACCUGUAUUCUUCUUUUUAUAGCACUGCUUCCCAGCAGCAGAAAGUUUCGCCGGAAUUCUUCUCCAAAAUCAGAGGCGUUAGUCACUUAAUAGCAGACACAAUGUACUUUACAAUUUAUUGUAAAGUAUUUUACAAUUUGUUUAUUGCAAUUAUAUAUCCUACACUUCUUUCAAGGAGUACAAGGUUCUUCAUUCCUCUUUUUAAGCUUCCCAACAGCUCUUAAGAGCUAGCAAAGUCACAAUGCCAUUCAGUAAGCUUCAUAAUUGGGUGGGAUCUGAACAAAAGAGAAAAGUAGCAUUGCUCUUGCUAAGCUUUGGAUUUACUGUGCAGUCUUGCAAAUAGAAUGCUAGUGUUCACAUUUUCAGUAGCCUUCCUCAGUCAUUUGUGACUUCAAGAGAGAAUCAACUCUCUGUUCAUAUAAAUGUCCUACUCUCUCUUAACAGCCAUAGGUAAGGGCUGGAUUUAGUCAAUCCUUUCAUUCACUUCUGAACGUAUUAGGAUACUUAGUGGGUUACUUCUUUCUUUCUUUUUUUUAAUGAUAUUUAUUAGAAGUUUAAAGAUUACAGAAAAAAGAAAAAAACAACAAUAAAAAAACAU